GAAGAAGGAACUCUCGCCCCUGAAACACCUAGCCUACUGAAGAGCAAGCGUCCAAAGACACACACUGCCCUGUAUCCAGACCCAGCAUGCUGCCUGACGCGUUAGCUCAGCCGGUGACAAAGUGCCUGAUGCGGUCGCGGUUGGGGAUGGUCGCGUUCCUGCUGCUGCUCAUUCUGUCCACGACUGCGACAUAUGCACAGGGAACCACAGUAGAGCACGACCUCCACAUCGUCCACAACGUCGAUAACAGAAGUCCAGAGAUUGACCCAUUCUGGUAUGUAGGGCGCGGUGUGAGGCCCAUUGGGCGGUUUGGGAAGAGACAAAGUGGAAGUGGGCUGCAGCCGGUGGUCAAAUCUCUGGAGAUCCUCUUGAACACUUUCAGGAAUAAAGAGAGCUUGCGUAGCGCACUGGCAGAGGACGAUUCAGACUGGUUACCGUGACAUCCUCAUGCUCACAGCUGCCUGCUUCCUGUAAUUAUUCAAGUGUAUUAGUGUGUAUAAUUACCAUUCUCUUAUACUCUAUCUGGCUAUGUGUCCCUCAAUAUUUAUUUCCAAUAAUCUAAGUGGCAAAUGAAAAUAUCUGUACAUAUUUUAAAUGCAAUAUAUAUUAAUAAAUAAA